UGCUGUUGUCCUUCUAGUCAGCUGUUGAAGACAGUCGUCAUGUCGUCUGCGGUUCUGCUCAACCUGCUGCGUCGCGGGCGCUCAGCCGUCCUCAGCCUCCACUGCCCAACAGACGCGCCCACGGCCGGUGGACAGGUGGGCGUGCGACGGGCCAGCGGCUCGCUGGGCCUCCAGCGCUCGGCCGGCGCUCGGCCGGCGGCCUGGGAGUCCUUCGGCAUCUGGGACAACAGGAUCGAAGAACCGAUCCUGCUGCCGUCCAGCGUCAGACAUGGCAACCCCAUCCCACAGGUCAGCCUGUCUCGGGUCGGCAGCGCGUCGGUGCUGGGCCUCAGGAAGCGGAACGAGGACCGCCUCCGCGUGGCCCGUAUCCAUGACAACCUGCUGUACUUCGCCGUGUUCGACGGCCACGGUGGCCCUCACGCCGCCGACUACUGUUACGGCUUCAUGGAGACUUUUAUCAGAGACGCUCUGGAGGAAGAGGAGGAUCUGGAGAAGGUUUUACGGAAAGCCUUUUUAAACACCGACAAGGCUCUGCACACACACCUGAGCUACUUCAACAACGACGCGUUACUGACAGCUGGAACCACGGCAACUGUUGCUAUGCUACGGGACGGCGUGGAGCUGGUGGUGGGCAGCGUCGGCGACAGUCGAGCGAUGCUGAGCAGGAAGGGACGCGCCAAGAGGCUCUCCAAGGAUCACACACCGGACCGCAAAGAUGAACGGCAGCGCAUCAGGAGCCUCGGUGGCUUCGUGGCGUGGAACGGCCUGGGCCAGGCCAACGUGAACGGGCGCCUCGCCAUGACGCGCAGCAUCGGCGACUUCCACCUGAAGGCCAGCGGCGUCAUCGCUGAGCCGGACACGCGGCGCCUCAACGUCCAACCUGCCACCGACUCCUUCCUGGCGUUGACCACCGACGGCAUCAACUUCCUGCUGAGCGACCAGGAGAUCUGUGACAUCAUCAACCAGUGCCAGGACCCCACAGACGCCGCCAACGUCAUCGCUCAGCAGGCGCUGCAGUACGGCUCCGAGGACAACGCCACCAUCGUCAUCGUCCCGUUCGGGGCCUGGGGGAAGCAUCACAGCUCCACCGUUUCCUACAGCAUGAGCAGGAACUUUGUGUCCAGUGGAAGAUGGGCCUAAACAGCAGACUCAGACUGAAGCUAGACGCAGGUGUACAGGUUUGUAGAUAGAUGUAAAUACUGAGGUUUGCUCCGUCCUCUUCUGUUUGCACCCAGUUUACACGUGUUCAGUCCAACAGACGUGACGUUUGCUGCCGUCUCCUAAUUCAAACGCGCUGGCUGUAGUUUUACCUCAGGUCUGUCAUGUUGCUGGAACCCAGUGAAACCAAAGGUCCGAUAAAAACACUGAUACCAAGUAUGAAAGACGACCAAGAGCAAAAAAAAAAACUACAGAAACAAAUCUGUUUCAAUGAAGAAGGUCGAAGUUGAUUGUAUUGUAUAAAUAAAUGAAUAAUUCCUGUG